UUUGACGUACUGUUGAGGUUUUGUUGUCAGUGUUGACACUAUAAACAGACAAAUGGGACAUCAGUCAUGAAUUUCUUAGCCAAUGUGACUCAAUAUACCUUUUAACAGAAUACUUUAGUUGAGAAACAAAAGACAGUAACACAGGGUCAUUUAUGAUAUUUGAAAUUUGAAGACCGUUAUACGCCCUUAUUUUGCACCCUGCACCAAUGCAUGGCUUUAUUAGCCAAUGAAAGAAUGGGCAACUUUACCCAAGAGACUAUCACAAGGCCUUGAAAAUUGUUAAAUGCCUAAUGGGCAGUGUUUGCACUAGCACAACAUGUCUCGGGGUUGCACUCUUUUCAAAAGACCCAGGAUAAGGGGAGGGGCAGAAAGAUGUCAAGUUAUUUAACAAACAGAUGCGAAAAAAUGAGUUAUAUAUAUAAUCUUCCAGUUGAGAAAUGAGGUUUUUGAAGCAGGGAUUCCAGGAAUUGUAGUCUCACACUGCCAUAAUAAGAAUAAGUUUUGAGAAGUUCCUCCUUGGAGCUUUUCGUCACCAGCGCGGUUUAAAUCAUGAUCUUGAAGUUUCUCCAUAAUUGGAAUUCUGAUACAAAAAUAGCCUGUUUCAUGAUUGUCUGACACAUAUUGCAUAACUUUAUUUCAAGCAGAUACUUGGCUAUUUAUAUAGACAGAUGUUCACUUGCAAAGCGGGUGUAUGCAAGCCUGCCUCCUUCUCUUCACUGUUUUAUGAAGGCCUUUUGUGAAAAUUGAUAUUCUGAAGAUAUAGUGGUAGGCGGAGGAACAGGUAAUUGUUUCAGGUUGAUUGACAACUUAAGUGCACCUAGGCGGAGCAUUAUCUCUUUAUUGUUAAAGAAACCAUAUCCACGAUUGGCUUAAAUCUUGACAGAUACAUAACCUGGAGCUAUGUUAUCCUAGGGUAUCCUUUACCAGGUUUCAUUCGAUUACAAGUUUACUGGCAAAGGGCAGGCAAAGCCGUCGUUAUUACAAGCAGAGCACAACGUUACGUCGCUGCAAAUUGCAAACUGAAGCUCACAGGCCUGGUUGGAUUUUGCAAGGAAACACAGAAAAUGCCCGCUUACACUGUCUGUUCCUGUAUAUUUAUGGCUUUCAUCUGGGCUUCGAGGCCUGCAAGGACAAUGUCGUUGGAUUUGCGGCAUAUUAAAAGUCAGCUCGAUAUGAACCAGCAAGACUUUGUCACGGCGAGGUUGCAGCAGAGAAUUCUGCAAGGGCAGAAACCGAGGAAGGCUGGAUGUUUAGGCUGCCUUGAGAUUAAGAAAAACAGCAAGGAAUAUAAGAUUUAUCUGGAGUAUAUUAAAGCUGAUAUACUUUCAAAACUUGGCAUGAAAGAUCGACCGAGGACGUCCUUUUCAAACUCUCACAUCCCAGCGCCAGUUUAUGAGGGAAAUCUUUUAAGCACUAACGAAUUUGGUGCCACAUUCAACAAACUCAACAACCAAAUCAUCAUAAUCGGAGAGAAAGCUGACAAAGCAACGUGUCCAGAACAAGACUGUUUCUUCUUCAAAUUCAAGAAAAAGGCAUUUAUGAAAGCUGGCUCCGUCAGUUCCCUUCAGAUCUGGAUUUAUAAGUUAGAAGACAAACAUACAGCCAAGGCUGAGAAUCGAUUAAAAAUAUCAGUGGCGAAAGUGAUUCGGGAAGGUGUUGAAUCUACAGAAGGACCAGAAAAGAAGAAGCUUCUUAUCAGUAUGAUGCAUGAGGGAGAUGCAGGAUGGAUGGGUAUGGACAGCGCACACACGAAAGACUGGGUAGCGAGGCUAGAUCCUCAUUCAAGAGACAUUGAUCUCUACUUGACCUUGAAGUGUGACGGGUGCAUCGUUGCACGCAAAGGCAACAAAAGACCCUUCAUCGUGAUUAACGUGGAAAACGAAGUAAAGAAACGAAAACGAAGGCUAACUACUUGUCAACCCAAGAUGCAAGGCUGCUGUCGUGAAUCGUUGUAUGUUAACUUCACAGAAAUCGGUUGGCAUGACUGGAUUGUCCACCCUAAAGGCUAUGAUGCAAACUACUGUAGAGGCACAUGUCGCACUCUUUCUGUGCCAAUCUACGGAUAUGUCACCGUUAUCCAACGAGUUAAACGAGACAAGAAGAUUUGCUGCUCUCCAAAAAGCUUUUCACCGUUGACCAUACUUUAUAAAAACGAUAACAUCAUUUACAAAAAGGAGCUGCAGGAUAUGACUGUCGAGGAGUGUGGUUGCUCUUAGUGCGUUUCUGUGCAAUCCCGACUGGCUUAUUGAGCCUCCCCGAAGGCGCCAUGACUGGCUCAUGCGCAAUUAGCUGUUAGUGAAUUGACAAAAAUGCCCACAGAAGAGAUCUGGCAAAGAUUCGCCAUCAAAUGUAGCUUGGGAUUACGGAGAUGGUCCCCUGCCAAUUAAAGUUUAGCGAUUGUAUGUAGUAAUGCACGCAGCUGUCUGGUGCAUCGCCUUAGUUUUAGAAGAUUUUUGACACAGGCCCUUUACGCACAACAUUUAUACACAAAACAACAUCAUAUCUUUGACAAACACCCGCAUGUAGGUGGGUCGAACGUAUAUAAUUGUUUCAGUAUUGCAGAUGUGUUUAUUCGCGUAAACAUCUUGCUCCAUUCCCUUUCGAUGGAUGAUUGGAAUCUGUCCUGUCUUUCAUUACUGUUCAUGCACUAGCAAAUAUUACAGAUCAGCGUAUUUUCUUGCUGUCCAUCAUAUUUUUAGGCCGUUUUUGCCCUUGAGAAACACAAUACUCUAAGUAUUUAGAUUGGUCUACCUUGAAUCAACAUUUUCAGAAUAAUAGUGUUAGUGUGGCACAAGAGGAGCGUUGAAAAUUAUUUUGUCUGAAAUUCGAUUGAGUAGUUUUUUUGCCAAUUGAAUCCAAGCUAACGUCACAUAAACAAUUUUUGAUGGUGAAUUCAGCGCUUUGUGUGCAAUGGUUCUGUUCAGUUGACAUUGGAUUAAUGUAUGGUGUCAUCCAAAAAUGAUAUCUCCAAUACUGUGGCAAUCAGUUUCCAGUUCCCUGCUCCUAAAGUUAUAUACUGUGGUUUGGUUUGAUUGGUAGGCGCCCCCUAAACAGGUCCUUGAUACCUUUGCUUCAAGCGCUAAAUUCCCCUUCUGGUAGCAAAUGCAGCCCCCUUUAAAUCUUUAUUUCCCUUAUUCUGAUCAACUGCCUUUGCUACGCCGUGAAAGACGGUAAAAUAUUUGUGGGGAGAGUCAAGAAAAUAAAGGAUUUAACUUAAACAUAUCUUAGUAUCGCUAGUAUCGUUAUUUGCAUCCAGCCAGGGCGUUAUUGUAUAGAUUCAUGUGAUCUUGACAGUAUUUUGUGUCCAUCACAUAGCAAGUCGUAGUUUAGUUAGUCACAUGAGGCUGUGGAGUGUAGUAUGUAGUUACUUGUUUUUCCUUAUUUCGCAAUUCCAUUUGACACGUCAUAAUUCAGCUACUUUUAUUUCAAUAUGGCUAAUGUUCCUCCUUCUAUAUAUGUCAACGUUGUAGUUCAGCUUUAGUCUUCCAAUGCACUUCAGUUCAAAUAUCACCGUAGCCAAAAAUAAACCAAGAACUUUGCCCUCUUUCAGUUGGUGCAAAGCGGCAGAUUAGCCAGCGUUCAUACUUACACAUCCAACUAUCACUUACAUUAUAAUCCGACACUCAUCCCAUUGCUUUCUCAACAAUCGAAAAGUCUGCUGGAAUGCCCGCAUUAAACUUUUUUUCAGUUGACCCAAAUGAGAAUUCAAAUUAAACCAAAAAAUAUUACACUGAUUCUAAUGUUUUGAUCCAAACAAUGUUGAUUAUGUGGCGUGCACAAAUCAUUCUUACUAAGAGACAAUGGGAAUAUUUACAGAAAAUUUUUGGGAUCCUUACCUUAUAUUGUAUGUUACUCAAACUAAACCUGAUUCACAAUCUUUUAUGACACUCAUAAUUUUAUGACAAACUAACCCUGAUUCACAUUUUUGGUCUUUUAAGAGCUUGAAAAACAAGGAUGACGCAGCAAAAUAAGCCAGUACCCAGACUCCAUGUGCAUAAGAAACUCAAGUUUCUGAAGUUGCAUAAUUUGAGAAAUAAUAAGCCUAUAGCCUUGAUAAAAAUUGUCACUUUUUGCCUAGACUUUUGGCUUGAAGGAACAAAUUCUUAUGAUAUUGAUUAUUCCUCGUCUUUUUUAUAAGCUCAUUCAUACAGAACGAAAAUGGCCUAACAUUAGCGACAUUUACACUGAUCAUCAGUAUUUCGUCGGUUUUUCGUAUCAUUUAUUGCAGUUUACUGACGAUUAUCCUACUGGUUAUCCUACGAUUAUCCUAUUUUUGUGUAUUUCAAAGAAGCAUUGUCAGGAUUUCGUUAUGACGAAACCACGCCCUGUCUUCCACGAUAGCAAAGUGUAUUUCGCGAAUAAAGUUCAACUUCAAUGCCCCUCUCGAUCUCUUCAAUACGUUUUCACUGUAAAAAACUUGAUUUUACAGUCGAUCCAACUCGAUAAUGCUUACGUGGAAUACAGGUCUUUUGUGUGGAUUUAAUUUGAGUUAUUUAUUAGCUGUUACUCCAGUAAUUUUUUGUGUGUUGACUUAAGCUACCAAAGGUAGCUCUUAAUGAUUAUAAGCUUGAGAAUAAAAACAACAUUUUGUGCAUUUUA